AUCAACUCCACCUUAAUCGUGAAUCGCAUCGUAUACGUGACAUCAUGUUACUUCCAUCCGCUCUUUCCUGCGACGUACGGCGACCGGCGAGCCGCUCGCGCUACACUCCCAACCGCUUGUUUUCAACACCUCCUCCGUCCGACGACGAUUUCGUUCCUUCAGGCAACGGCCUCCUCGGAACCUGCCGCGCAUUACAAUCACUUCUCCACGGAUCCCCAGCGCCUCCUUCCCGAGGCGCAAAGUCUGAGCGUCUCCAAAGUCCUGUCCAGAUUCGAUCGCGCAAGCCAUCGUCGCGCCGACACCAGGGAGAGACCAAACAAACACAGAUUCCCGCCUCCCGGAUAACUCCACAAAGCCCUUCGUCUGGCGCACUCAAGCGUCGCCGCGACGCUUUCGAAUCGGAGACAGAAGACGAGUUGCCUACCGUCACCACUCCUGAUCGCAAGACCGACACCGAGACGACAUCAACAGAUGAACAUUCGAUACGUUCGCAGCGCUUCGCCACACCCAAACGUCAGAGACACCUUCCCUCUGAUUUGCCCCUCGGCCUAUCACAUUCAGACUUCUACUCUCUCCAUUCACCACCCGUGUCGCAAUCCCCAGCGUCACCGGCGCAUCAGCAACACGUAGCCCCAGCGGCUCGCAAAGCACGCGCAAGCGCAAGCGCAACAAUACACCCCUACAACCCCGACACAGCGCUCCCCUCAAUAGAGGAAACGGAAUCCGCGCUGUCCACCUCAUCCUCUUUCAGUCCCGAUCUCACCUGGGCCGAAGAAGACGACCAACGCCUCAUCGGCCUUGUGCUGGAGAAGUUCCAACUGUCCCAGCGCAACUGGGACGAAUGCGCCGGGAAACUCGGCAAGGACCAAGCCUCUGUCGAACGCCGCUGGCGGUUCUUACUCAGCGAUGGACACAUCGGCCUCCGUCGCGCCAGCGAUCGUAAAGUCCGUCGACGACUGGACGAGAGCCUAAUCUGAGGAUCUUCCUCGUUUUUUCCUCAUCGCUAAUUUCUCUUCCUUAUUAUCUUUCACCCAUACUUUCCAUUCUAAUCACCCACUCCUCCUC